CGGGAUUCCAUAUCUAUGAACUCCUCUCAUCUCAGACAGGCUCCACAUUCUCCUCUCUCUCUCUCUCUCUCUCUCUCUCUCUCUCUCUGAAGCUUUUCAGUUUCUUUAUGCAAGCUUCUCUCUUGGUUCAAAGGCUUCAAAGGUCAGAGAGAGAGAGAGAAUCCAUCAAUUAACUUCUCUGCUGCAGUGCUUUCUCCUGUCUGUACAUAUUAUUACAUUCAAAGAACAUUCACAACUCCAGAAGAAGUUAAAGGAGAGAUCUUUUUAAUGGGUUACCUCUCCUGCAAAGCUCAAUCCUCCAUAUCCGUCUCCAACUCUCACGCCCCGUCCCCGUCCUCAUCGUCUUCCAAGAACAUAAAGAUCCAAUAUUACGACUACAGCGACCUCGAGGCCGCCACCGAUGGCUUCUCCGAGCAGAAACUGCUGGGUAAAGGCAGUCACGGGUACGUCUACAAGGCCUUCCUCAAAGGGCAGCACGUCGCCAUCAAGAAGCCCUCCAGAGGUCUGGAACUGGCCACCGAAGUCGAUAACGAGAUCGAGAUUCUUUCCAAGAUCCAGAGCCCCAGACUGGUCAACUUGGUGGGCUUCUCCAAUGACUCCAAGAGCCGAAUCCUUGUCGUCGAGUUCAUGAGCAACGGUACUCUCUACGACAUCCUUCACUCCAAUACUCGAUCUCUGAAUUGGGGUCGGCGGAUUAGGUUGGCCCUGCAGAUUGCCAAGGCCAUUGACACGCUCCACUCGCAGAGCCCGCCCAUCAUUCAUAGAGAUAUUAAGUCUGCAAACGUGCUGAUUGACCGAAAUUUCAAUGCCCGGUUGGGCGAUUUCGGGUUAGCUCUUAGGUGCCAUGCGAAUGACGGGAGGUUCUUGUCUACCCCACCUGCUGGAACUAUGGGAUAUCUCGAUCCGCUGUAUGUGACUCCUGAUAAUUUGAGCACCAAGACUGAUGUGUUCAGUUUUGGGAUUUUGCUACUGGAGAUAAUCAGUGGGAGGAAGGCAAUCGAUGUCGGGUAUUCCCCGCCCUCGAUCGUGGAUUGGGCGAUUCCUCUCAUUAGGAAGGGGAAGCUACUCUGCGUCUAUGACCCGAGAAUUGCUCCUCCUAAAGACCCCGUUGUUAGGAAACAGUUAGCUGUUAUUGCUGCCAAGUGUGUGAGGUCAUGUAGGGAGAGGAGACCUGCGAUGAAGGAGAUUGUCAAUUGGCUCACAGGGUUGAGUAAGCUGGUCCCACUCCAUUCGUGGAAUGGGUUCAAUAAUCCGUGCUUGAUGGUAGAGACCAUGGGACAGCCGGUGGGAUUGAGAAACGCCCAUUUGAAUGCACAGGCUGAGAGUGCUGGAGGGAAUUGCGAUGAUUUUGAGGGUCAGCUUGGGAGGGCAGCAGUGAGGAAAUCGCGGAGAGUUUACUCGGAUUUGGGGUUCAGGAGUGAUUUGAUGGAUCUGAUGGCUGUGAAUACUGAUGAGGAUUUGGAAGUUCGGGGGGAGGCCAAUGGGGAUGACAGCAGUAAUGCCAAAGUUUCAAACCGGGCAUUCAGUUCGAGAUUUAGGAGCACCAGAUAUCUUCUGAAUGAAAGAACUAGGCAGCAGCAGCCUCUUCCGUACUUGGAUAAUGGUGUUGCUAUUAAUGUCAGGCAAAACCGUUCAGUCGGGAGCAAUUCGAGAGAUGUGGAUCGGUCGAGUUCAAGCUCCCAGAGAGCAGAAGAUGUUUGAUUUGCUGCAGAGACUUGAUUGAAGCGUUUACAGCUUGUAUCAUUACCAUGCCUCGUUCAUGUAGAUACAGCCUAUGGGGUUAGAUCUCUCACUCUCUUGGUCCUCAUCUUAAUAAGAUGAGAAAAAAGAAAAAAAUGAAAAAAGAGAGUUGUCAAUGUUUGCUGAAUUGUUCACGAACUGUUAUUUUUGAUUAAUUUUAUUAUAGGGAUAUCACUUGUGUCCCAGUUACAGGGUAUGUUCAUUGUUCAGUUGUCUUCAACAUCGAAGGUUUUACAUCUCAGAUGCUGCAAAACGGAUGCAGGAACGGGGUUUAAAUGCAUUGUGAAUUAGGCUGAUCUUGAUGUGAUACGAUCUUAUCCGGUUGACUGGCUUAUGAUCUCA